GUACUUCUUUGUAUUCCAGCUCUUCCUUUUACGCUUGCAUUCUUGUGCAGACUAUCCACAGUGUUACCAAUCCCGUCGAUGGACCAGCAGCAAGUAUCGCCGAGUAUCUCAUCAGACGUCCAGCAAUCGGCGAACCAGCAUGUGCCUUCCCAGGCCAAGCCUCGGGCAAGGUUAGGCCCCACCGAGGUAGUCCAACUUCCGGCGUCAGACUCAGAGCCCGACGAUGAGGACGGGAACAAUCAGGAGACAGAUGCAGGGGGAGACGGGAGUCCCGACUUCUUAAAAGAUUAUCCAGAAGAUACAGAGGAUCUUCAACUCUUGCAUCUCCGCUUGAAAACACCUCUACUCGUACCUCUCAACUUUCCGAGGUUUGGGAACCAUUUGAAAAGGCUAUGUCUGCGUCAAAACGAGCUUACUUCACCCCUGCCAUCAGGCGCUUUUGCCAACUUGACAGAGUUAGAAGAGCUGGAUUUCUAUGAUAAUAGACUCGGACCUCACGUGAGGGAUGAGGAGUUGGCUGGAUGCCCCAAUAUUAGUACACUGGAUCUCAGCUUUAAUAACAUUCGGCAUGCACCCUCCCUCCCCAGCCUGCAACAUGUGAAUACGUUGUAUCUGGUUCAAAACAAAAUAUCUAGGUUAGAAAAAGGCGAGCUCGAUUGGUGUCAAGACACAAUGAAAAGCUUAGAGCUAGGGGGUAACAGGAUUAGGGUCAUCGAGAAUCUCGACAAAUUGAUACAUCUGCAGGAACUGUGGCUGGGGAAGAAUAAGAUCCGCGUGCUUGAGAAUCUGUCCACAUUCUCUUCUUUACGCAUUCUUUCUUUGCAAUCAAAUCGCAUCACCAAAUUGGAGAAUUUAGAGGGACUGGUCAAUCUUGAAGAAUUGUAUCUAUCCCAUAACGGCUUGCAAAAGAUUGAGGGUUUACAUCAUAAUAUCAAGUUGACUACACUGGAUGUCGGUAACAAUUUCAUAAAAGAGAUUGAAAAUCUGUCGCAUCUAUCAAAUCUGGAAGAGUUUUGGGCAAGUAAUAAUCAAAUCGGCAGUCUCCAUGCACUGGAAUCUGAACUUCGUCCCCUAACUAACCUCUGCACUAUUUACCUUGAAGGAAACCCAUGCCAGAAGGAAGAUAUGGGCAACUAUAGGCGAAAGAUCAUGUUGGCCUUACCCCAAGUCAAACAAAUUGAUGCGACGUAUGUGAAAGCUUGAACGAGAGGCUAUUGAAUAUGGCCCUCUAAGGUGAAAACAUGACCAUAAACGAGGUAGCAUUCCAUUGUAGUCAUUGUACAGAACGAUACAUCAGG